GUUAAAUCCAUAUGGUUUCAUAAAAGAAAUAUUUGUUUUUAAAUGUUCCCUCAAACAUUGUAUAAUUUACACACAUAACACUCAAGAUUUUUUCGUGAUUCAAAAUUGUUGUAUAUAUAUAUAAAUAGAAUUAACCACUCACUAUGGCAUCACCAGUUAACAAUGGGCCUUCAGACCAAAGAGACAGUGCUAAUCUAAAUGGACCGUCAAACUUGCAACAACUCCAGACUCCUUCAGGAUUGCCGAGGUGUAAUCUACCUCCUUUUGAAUGUCCUGGGUCAUUACCUGGCAACAACUGCCUACCUCAAGAAAUGAUGUGUACACCCUGUCCACAAUUUCAAUCUUCCCCGCAGUGCGGAUCAACAAUAGGAUGUCAACCUUAUCAAGCUAUGUGUCCUUCGGGUCCACCUCAAAUAAUGUGCCCUCCAUGUCCUCCAUCAGUGGUUUGUCCACCCCCCCAAGGGUCAAUAAUCUGUCCACCAACACGGCCCAUAAUCUUCCCACCUCCUAACAGAACAGUUAUUUGCUUCCCGGGCCCUCAAGUUGGUCCCCAACCCCCUUGUCCACUUUUUCCCAAAGAUCCCUGUCCUCCUUGUCCCAAACCUCCUGGCAUCACUGACCCCAUCCUUCCCCCCGUUCCUCCUGGUACUGUUGAUCCUACUGUCCCUCCUACAUAUCCUCCUGGUACUGUUGAUCCUACUGUCCCUCCUACAUAUCCUCCUGGUACUGUUGAUCCUACUGUCCCUCCUACAUAUCCUCCUGGUACUAUUACGUAUCCUCCUGGCAAAGAUCCUACUGUCCCUCCUGUUACUAAAGAUCCUAAAGAACCCAAUAAAACAGUCACAAUAGUCUGUCCACCAAAGGUGCCUUUACACCCAAAAAACACGAAUAUAGUAAGACCUGUUCUAGUCAACAUCCAACGCCUGUUGAAUUUUGGGAUUCAAGUUAUGUUGAAAAACAGACAUGACCAAUAUACUAAAAUAAUAAUAUCCAUUGAAAAAAUAAAAAAGAACCCAGACCAAGGGACAGUUGUGCCUGCCCGUGAGUUGGUUGAGACAUAUUCCCGACUGAUCCCGGGACUGAAACUGUUGUGGGAACAGCUGCGAGACUACUACCGCAACUUAUUACGAGACUGUAACGACGUAAAGAACCCUAUUCCAAGCCUGGCUGGUCUCAACAUUUCACCUAUGGUAUCUCAGUCAGCUUUCAGAGAUCUACUCGCAGCUACACUUGUUUUGUGUCGGGAGGCGUUGUAUUUGUGCAGCGUUGAUACCAACACAACUAGUCAGUUCAUUGUCUUCACUGACAGCCAACUGAUGAAUAAUCCAAGAGCAAUAAUAGAAUACUGCAAAGUUGAGAUUUUUGAGAGUAACUUUUCUAAAGGUGAUGACCUCCUCCGGUUGUUCACCGAGAAGCAACUUCUCAUCAACUUGUUUUUGAAGGAGUGGGCGAAAGGUGGCCAAGAGUUGGAUCAACCUCCAGCCCCUUCAAUCUAUACAACACUGCCUGUGUCGUUCCCUGGCCUUACAGCUGAUGUCCCACAAAAAGGAUAUACUAAAAUGGGAGGCGGAAAUGUAGAGGAUAUUGUAUCAAGAUUCAAUGAAAUAGAAGAUGGAGCCUACAGGGAUGUGAAUAAGUAUAGGGGACAACGAGAGGAUUUAAACAGAAGCUUGUCGGCAGUGCAAAGACAAUAAUCCUGCUUCUAUCCAGAAAAAAGAAUUGAAAAUGCUAUGAGAGUUUAAAGAGAAAAUACAUUGAUUUUAUGUUA